AAUUUAGUAAUUAAGUGAAUAAAACUAGGGGAAACAAUUCCUAUAAGAUAAGCUGUUGGUAGAGAAUAAUUUAAGUAUCAUGUGCUAAAGGAACAAAAUAUACCUUAAUUUCUGGUUAAAAGUGUAUAAGAAAAGUAUUUGAGGUUAUGUGAUGUGUUCAGUAUAAACAAAAGUAUUAUUGUGCCCGCGUAAAUCAAGAAGGUUUUCUAGGGGGCUGUUUCUCCUGUUAUUUUCAAAUGUUUUAUAAUAAAUAACCUAAAAGGAAGUUGUUUAGAGUUUUGGAGACAAUUCAAAAUUUUGAAAGCAACAAGCAAUCAUGGAUAUCAUGGAGCAGUUGUUAUGCCCACAGAUAUCUAUGGAUGUAGAUGAUACACCAUUGGAUCUUGGACAUUCAAGCUGCAGCAAUGAUGAUGGAAAGAGUGUUCAUGACUUAAAUGAAGAUUUAACAGAAGAUGAAAAAAUCAAAUUAUUACUGCAGAAUGAUGACUUUGAUGUAUCUCAAAUACCACAAACUCUCACAGAUCAUGAAGAGUCUUUGAAGAAAACAUUAUUUAAUGUUGGACCUGCAGUUCAGUUUAUGAAAUUGCAUUGUACCUCAUGUAACAUACAUUUGGGUUCAGCUCCUAUCAAUCAAUUUAAUAGGUUUAUACAUCCCCUUUUACAUGUCCUGCUUUGUAAAGGUUGUUAUGAUUUUUAUACAAGUGGGGAUUUUGAGAAGGAUGAAGAUGGGAGUGAAUUAUAUUGCCGUUGGUGUGGUCAAGGUGGCAAAGUUAUGUGCUGCUCAGAUUGUGCUUUUGUGUUUUGUCAGAAAUGUGUACGUGGAAAUUUGGGAAAAAAGACACUAGACUCUAUUAGAGACAGUGAUGACUGGAAAUGUUUUGUGUGCAAUCCAAAACAGUUAAUCAAUUUAAAAUUGAUAUGCAAUUCUUUGUACCAUUAUAUCAAAGAUAAAAUUAAGAUUGUUAAACAAGGAGGCUCUGUAGAUGAAUUAAAGAGAGACUGUACUUUAUGCUGUAAUAAACCUGUAAGUAAAGGUCCAAUUAAAAGGAAAAGGAAUAAUAGUGAAACGGAUGUUACUUUUGAUAUAAAUCUUGAACAAAACAAGAAAUUGAAAGCGAAACAAGUGCGUAAUCCCGUGUCUGCUCCAUGGCGAAUGAUUGCUCCAGCUUUGGUACCGAUAAAAAAUCAAUUGAAACCUAAUCUGAAUAUUCCGGUUAAAAAUACACAGAACGUUGUAAGAAGUCCGGCUGCUAACAAUGCUGCGGUGCUCGUAAUGCAGAAUAAGAAGCAAAUCUCAAUAAAGAAACCAUUAACUAUCAAUGCGGUGAGUGGAAACUCAUUACGCAUAGCGCUUCCAAAGCAGUUAUCAUUACCAGUGACUCGCACCAUACGACAAGUUGGGCCUCGAACUUCUCAUGUCUACAAUUUUCACCCGACAUCAAAAGUGGACAAACAACAGCCAUGGUUUGAGAAAGCCACUAAACUGGUUGGAAAUAUUACGGAGAAGUUAUCGUGCCAAAUAUCUUUAUUGUCUAGUGAGCAAAAAAGUGCUGGAACUGUAGAAAAAUUAGCAGUUGUGCAUAACAAAUUGCAAGAAUUGCUCAGUACUUCCGUUAAUUCCUUAAUUCAAGUCAGGAAAAAUUUACGAAAUGAGUUCAUGGAUGAUUUGAAAAAGACGAAGCCUAAUACUACUCUCAAAGCAAAUCAAAAUGAAAUUAUUUUAUUCAAUGAUCAGCGUAAUUUACAUGUAACUAAUAACUCAUUAAGAGUACGACCUCCUGCUUCACUAAUGAAAAUCUACAGAAAUAACAAGAUUGUUAAGGAAGUAAAACAAGUUGAAGAAAAAGUAAUAGUGGAAGAAGAUGACGACGAUGACGAUGUUAAGUUGAUUGAGGAAGAAAUUGAAACUGUAGAAAUUCUUGACGAGGAUGAUGACAUUGAACCAAUUAAGCCCCCAGACACGAUCGAAAUCCCUAUACAGGACAACCUAAUAAUAGAUGCGGAGAAUAAUGUAGAACUGAUUGAGCAAGUAGAAAUUCCUGUAGUCAGAGAAGACGAUAUACAAGAAGGUACGGAUAAAGUCGUGGAGAAUGAAAACAAUUCAGAAGAACAUAUUGAAAAAGAUUCAGAAGUACAAUCUGAAAAAGAAACUCCUAAUAGUGAUACAGAAAAAAAUACACAGAAUGAAGAAUUACCGAUUGGCGUUGAAAAUGGCGAGAAUACAAAUAAAAGUAAUGAAAAUAGUUUAAUAGAAUCUGUAGAUGAACCUGAAACAGUUCAUUUGAAAAUGUUAAAUGGAAGUAAAGAAGAAGGUGAAGAAGUAAGCAAUGUUAGUUCAAUAUCGAAACUUGCUAAGAGAACAGAUUUAAGUGAAAAGGAAAUCAAGAGAGCUAUGAGCGUUAAAGUGAUUCUUUCUCAAUCUGUGCGAGCUGAUUUGGAAAAUAAUGUUGAAGAUUCGUGCGAGAAUGGAACUAGGGAAUGUUUAAAAAAUCUGUCGCAGGCGACAGAAAAAGAAGACUGCAAUGAAUCUUCGCAAAAAUAUUGUCAGAAUAAUGAAUUAAUACCGGGAGAUAACCAGGCGGUCUGUGAGACAAAUGUAAAUGGUCGUAAAAUACAUACAGAGACAAGCGACGAUACGAUGUCUUCAAUUGAUGAAUGCUGUAAAGAAAAUUUACAAAAUCGUAUAGACGAGAAUAACAAAGAGGUACAACAAAACGCGUCAAGUUCGAUAAGCAAGGAAUCUGAUGCAGAUUUUUUAAAAGAUAAUGCAAGUGUUGGAACGGAAAAUUUGUCAACAGAAAGUCGCGAAGAAGAUAAAAAUUGUAAAAAUGGUUUAUGCAAUAACGUAGAAAGCGAAAUUUCACUUGAAGCACACUGUACUACUGAAUCUGCAAUCGAGGUUAUAGCAACGACGUAAUUCCUGUUAGAUUGAUAUAAAUAUUUGCAUAUAUGUAUAUGUUUGUAAUUGUGAUGAUUCGAUCAUUCAUAACAAAUAGUAUAUAUUGUGAUACAUGAAAUGUAAUUUUUAUAUCACAGUAUCUAAAUACGUUAGUAACCCUGUUCAUAUACAUAUAGGCAGAUUCAUCAACAACAUUAUCAAGUUGUGCUGAUAUUGAUGAUGAAAUAUUCAUAAAAAAUGCGUUUGUUGUUGUUUGGGUAUAUUAUUUUUGAUUUUAUAUUAAAAGCAAA